UAACGCAACAGAACUACCAAAUGAAACAGAGCAGAAAAUCAAUGGAGAGUUUGAUGUUUUCCUUUGCUCGUUCAAUCUUGUUAUUAAGUAGCUUUACCCUCUCUUUUGAUUCCUCCACCGAUCAAAAUGCACUUGUUUCCUUAAAAAACUCCAUCAUCUCCCACCCUUAUGCUUCCAAUUGGUCACAAAACACAUCUGUUUGUGAUUGGAUUGGUGUGUCCUGCGGCCUCAAGCAUCCCCGCGUCACGUCUCUCAAUCUCUCUGGCUUCGGCCUUUCUGGAACUAUUGCUCCACAUCUCGGAAACCUAACGUUCCUGAGAUAUUUGGACAUAAGUUCCAACAGUUUCACAGGGAGCUUACCCUCUGAGCUCUCUAAACUGCGUCGUUUAAAGGUGAUGAACGCGGGAAUAAAUUCAUUCACCGGAGAAAUACCAACAUGGUUGGGCAGUUUACCUCAACUAGAAGCACUCAAUCUGUAUAGUAAUCAGUUGAGUGGUUCCAUACCACAUGCUAUUUUCAAUGUCUCUUCAAUUAGAGAAAUUGAAAUUGGCAAUAAUAGCCUAUCAGGUAUGCUGCCAAGUGAUAUGUGCAACAAUACGCCCAACAUCAAAAUAUUGUCACUUGAACAAAAUCAAAUUGGAGGGGAAAUUCCGUCAAAUAUAUGGAAAUGCACACAUCUUGAGAUGUUGUCAUUAUCCUACAACAAUUUCAGUGGCAACAUUCCACGUGAAAUUGGAAGACUGGCCUUCCUUUCAAAUAUGUCGUUGGGGUACAAUAAUGGUUUUGGAGGUGGAGUUCCGCAAGAAAUUGGGAAUCUCACAAGACUAGAGAUAUUAAGCAUUGAUGGUGCUUCUCUAACCGGAGAUUUUCCAUCUUCAGUCUUCAACAUUUCUUCAUUGAGAGUCCUGAGUUUAUCUCACAAUAGUCUCUCAGGUGAAUUAUCCACAAGAUAUUGACACUUUGCCAAGCCUCGAGAUUUUCUCUGUGUUUAACAAUUCUUUACAUGGAACCAUCCCAUCUCCCAUAUUCAACAUAUCAACAUUGACAAGUUUAGAAGUUUCAUUCAAUGAGUUUUCUGGUACUCUUCCUUCAGACAUGGGUCAUUCACUUAUUAAUCUUGAAGUCCUUUUUGUAAGUUUUAACAAACUCAGUGGUGCAAUUCCAACCUCUAUUACCAAUAUUUUCCAACUUACAUACUUGGACAUGUCUGCCAACUCAUUUAGUGGCUCCAUACCACUCUUUGGUAAUUUGAACCUUCUACAAUGCCUUCUCCUUUAGGGAAACAUAUUGAGUGGAGCAAAAUUCCCAACACAGGAAUUGACAUUUCACUCUUCGUUAACAAAUUGUCCAUAUUUGGAUCAGUUGGGUGUGUCUGGUAAUCCCCUUAGUGGCAUCUUACCUUCCUCACUUGGGAAUUUUUCUUCUUCUCUUUUGACUUUUGAAGCAUCACAAUGCAACAUCAAGGGUGUCAUUCCUUCUCAAGUAGGAAAUUUAACUAGUUUGCUAUACAUUUAUUUGGAUGGAAAUCUACUAAGUGGACCAAUUCCACCAACAAUUGGGAAAUUGAAGAAACUCCAAAGCAUAAAUCUUAGUGGCAAUCAAUUGGCAGGGCACAUCCCUAACAAUGCUUGUAGAAUGAAUAGUUUGGGGGAGUUGGUCCUUGCUAGUAACAUGCUAGUGGGUACAAUACCUGAUUGUUUGGGUGAUGUUAAAUCCUUGAGAGUGAUUCAUAUAGGUUCCAAUCAAUUGAAUUAAAUCAUUCCUCCCAAUUUGUGGAAUCUUAGAGAUCUCAUUUAUUUGAAUUUGUCCUCCAAUUCCUUGACCGGUCAAUUGACAUAUCAGCUUGGCAAUUUAAAGUCAAUAAACUCUUUGGAUUUGUCUUUGAAUCAAUGUCUCAGGCGAUCUUUAGAAUUUCUUGACUUAUCAAAUAAUUUGUUUAGUGGAUCCAUUCCUGAUUCAUUGGGAGAGGUUAAGGGUUUGAUAAGAUUGGAUUUAUCCUUCAAUAAUCUUUCCGGAUCAAUACCCAAAUCCUUGGAAAACCGUACUUUACUUGAAAAUUUUAAUGUUUCCAACAAUAAACUGGAGGGGGAAAUUCCAGAUGGGGGUUGUUUUCGUAACUUUAGUGCCCCUUCUUUUUCCCACAACUUAGCUCUCUGCGGUCCAAUAACAUUUCAAGUUUCGCCCUGCUCAGAAAAAAAUCAUAGAUCAUGGUUAAAGAAACUUGUGGUGUCAUCAGUGGUUAUAGCUGUCAUCGCGGUGUUUGUAAUGCUGGUUCUCAUAAGCAUGCGCAAACAGAAAAAAGUAGCACUCCCUGCUGACAUUCCACCAGGAACUACUGAAUGCAAAAGAAUUUCUUAUAAAGAACUUGAACAAGGAACAAGUUCAUUUAGUGAAAUCAACUUACUUGGAAGAGGUAGUUUUGGUUCAGUAUUCGAAGCAACACUUUUCGAUGGGUUAAAAGUUGCAGUGAAAGUGUUCCACUUGGAAUUGCAAGGAGCGGCAAAGAGCUUUGAUGCAGAAACUGCUAUAUUAAGCAACAUUCGACACAGAAACUUAGUUCGAGUUAUUGGAUGUUGUUGUAACAUGGAGUUUAAAGCACUGAUUCUCGCAUACAUGCCAAACAGGAGCUUGGAUAAAUGGUUGCAUUCCGAUAAGUGUGGUUUGGAUCUUAUAAAGAGACUGAAAAUAGCAAUAGAUGUUGCGGCCGCCUUGGAAUAUCUUCACCAUUACUACACAUUCCCAGUUGUUCAUUGUGAUAUAAAGCCAAGUAAUGUGUUGCUUGAUCAAGACAUGACAGCUCAUCUUGCUGAUUUUGGUAUUUCCAAGCUUUUUGAUGGAGGGGAAACAACUAUUCAAACACAAACAAUGGCAACUAUUGGUUACGCAGCACCAGAGUUUGGAAUGGAUGGCAAAGUAUCAAUAAAGGGGGAUGUAUACAGUUUUGGGAUACUGCUGCUAGAGGUGUUCACUGGAAAGAAGCCAACUGAUGAUAUGUUCGGUGAAGAAAUGGGUUUAAAGGAGUGGGUAAGUGAAGCAUUAGAGCAAAAUGCAGCAGCUGAAAUCGUGGCGUCUACUCUGUUAUCAACGGAAGAUCAACAUUACUCUGCAAAGGAGCAAUGUUUGUUGUCAAUAUUUCAAUUGGCAAUGAAAUGUUUAGCUGUUUCAGCAGAUGACAGAAUCAAUAUGAUUGAAGCAGCGGCCGGUCUACACCGUAUCUAUACAACAAUUGCAGCAGGUAAUGGGGUUUGAUUCUUGUAUGAAGUGUAGCUUUGAAUUUCAAUAUGGUAACUUAAUAGGUUGAUGUAUUGAUGGUUACUGAUACGAGUAUUCUAUCAUUAUUAAUUAGUUUAGAUAUAUUAGAAAUUUGCAUA